AUGCUUCUGCCAAUUGCAAACCAACGUACCGCCUCCCGACCUCUUCCUCUUCUGCUGCUUCCCGCUCUCUCCAUGGCGAGCUUCUCGAGCUGCUCUUCUCUCCCCCUAGUCAUCCUCUUCCUGGGCUUGUUGUCCUUCGCCCAAGUCACCCUCGCCGGACGUAGCGUCCCCGCGAACUCAGACAAGAAGGAGACGGAGUGCGUCGGCCAAGAAGGCACGGUGCUGAUCCCCGGCGUCGGGCGGUACAAGAUCGGUAGCCAUGAGAUGCCUGCGCUUCGUGGUUUGGACCACAGUGGCCCGGCGGCUGCUCAUGGUCAGUAUCUUCCUGGGAACGACGACACCUUCGUUCCCAACCCCGGGUUUGAAGUCCCCAAUCCGUUCCGCGUAGUGAUUCCGUGAGAGCAGCCACUGCAUGAUAUCUGUACUACAGCCGCCAUACUGCGAGCAAGUUUCCUUAGGACAUCACUGUUUAGUCGUUGUUGUCGUGGUCGGUGUUGUAUCGUCAUGAAUGACCUUUGCUUUCAAUAAAAACCGGGAACAUGUCAGUACUGUUUCCGGUGAUGACGACUCUAAAUCUAUGUUGUACUUAAGAUAUAUAUUUUAAUAGAAUAUUUCAUUUAAAAAAA